CAAUCGUCCUUCGCUCGAUCUUUGAAAGCACCAAUCAACAUCAUUAUUUUAUUAUUUUCUUUAUAUUAUAUUUAUUAUUAUUCGGAAUCCAUCGCUUUUUCUUGAAGAUUACUGCAUCCUCCAUUCCUCUUAUUUUAAUCUCUGUAUCGCACACACUCACUCACAAGUAGCGUGCCCGUUCUUCUGCUGCGCCUUCACAUCAACGUUUUCGUGCACUCAACUAUCUCCAAUGGCGUCACUAAUAGCUGUGUCGCAGACCCAAUUGCUGUAUAUUAAGCCCCGUUUGGUGUCGCCGCCUCAUCAAUCACGCUCCCUUUUCUUGCCAACGGGGUUACCAGCGGGAGUUCGAGGGGUCCGGGCUACCAUGCCGAGAAAGGCGGUUAUUGUGUCGGCGGCGACGGCUGAGACGCCGAAGAAGAAGGGGGAGUCUAAGGGCUUCGUGGAGGAGAUGAGGUUCGUGGCGAUGAGGCUGCACACCAGGGACCAGGCCAAGGAGGGGGAGAAGGAGGUGAAACAACCCGAAGAGAAAGCCGUUACCAAGUGGGACCCAACUGUUGAAGGCUACCUCAAGUUUCUUGUGGAUAGUAAGGUCGUUUACGACACGUUAGAAGACAUCGUUCAAGAGGCUCCUCAUCCUUCUUAUGCUGAAUUCAGAAAGACUGGAUUGGAAAGGUCUGAAAGUUUGAAAGAAGAUUUGGAGUGGUUCAAGGAGAAAGGUUAUACUAUUCCCGAACCUUCUUCUCCAGGACUUACUUAUGCACAAUAUCUUAAGGAAUUAUCCAUGAAGGAUCCUCAAGCAUUCAUUUGCCACUUUUACAACAUCUACUUUGCUCAUUCAGCUGGUGGUCGAAUGAUCGGGAGAAAGGUUGCUGAACAGUUGCUUGACAACAAGGCAUUAAAGUUCUACAAAUGGGACGGUGACCUUCCCCAGUUGUUGCAGAGCGUGAGGGACAAAUUGAAUAAAGUUGCUGAGGGUUGGACUAGGGAAGAAAAGAACCACUGUCUGGAAGAAACAGAAAAGUCGUUCAAGUUAUCGGGAGAGAUUCUCCGACUGAUUCUAUCGUGAUAUUAAAGUGCCCUGCUGUAUGUGCUAUCUGUGUAAUUAUGGUUAUUAAAAGUGCAUGGCGGAAGCCAAGAACAUUAUAUGUGAAUUAUUUAAUUUCCAAUGCAAAGAAAUAAUAGGACUGAUGUUGAUUAA